AUUUUUCGAUUUUUCGAUUUUUUUAGUCUUCUGAUUCGCGCCGAUCGACCCCUCUCAACGCUGGUGAAAAUCAAAAAGUUGGCAGUGUGUCAGCGAGCCCGCCCUUUGCCCCCAACCUCAACCGCUGCUACACGAUCAAGCGUCCCACCGCAAACACCGCCCCGUGACUUUGUGGACGGGACAUGUCGACGAUCACGGAGGAGCCGCCUGCAGUCCCGCCACCGGUGGUGGUCACUGUGACUGACGACGAUGGCGACGACAAGAAUAUCACAAUCCACGCACAACAAUCACAAGAGCGAGACCAAGCACAACAGCAACAGCAACAACAACAACAAGAAGAAGCUGGACACGAAUCCCAAAACGGGGCAGACGCAAACCAGCACUCACCGCGAGGUCGCAGCUUGAGCAGUGCCGUCCACAGCGCACCACAAUCGGAAACCGGCUUCAUGGAUCCGAAAAAGCUGGAUGCAGGCGCAAGUGUCUCGGCCGGGUCGUUGCAAUCUGCGGACAGCCAAGAGUCGCUGCUCGAAACAAUCAACGCGCACCUCGCGCAGGCCCGUCGCGGCAACACCCCAAGCAUUGAGGUCACCAACAACGGUCUCAGCCCGCCCACAGCUCCCAAAAACUUGUUUCACAACAUUGCGUCCGUCCCGCUUGCCGUGUCGACGCCAAACCUCUCCCUAGACAAAGCCGCCAAGCAGACCGUACGAGAGCUGAAUGUGCCGGGCGUGUCAGACGUUCCCACCACCAACGGAGCAGGCCUCGCCGGCAUGCGGCAAUCGUCGUUGGUGUUGACCGGAGUUGCAGACACUGCCGGUACCAUUCCUUCGUCGACCUCGCUGAAUGGCCUGUCCGCUACAGCGAGUGUGAGUGUGAGUGCGAGUGCGAGUGCGAGUGCUCCUGCUGCUGCUCCGUCUACUGCCGCUGCUGCUGCUGCCUCUGCUGGACCAGCGUCGUCGACACCGUCUGCGAACGACAACGACAAGGCCGCCGCGAGUGAUGAAACGUGCAACUCGGUUUUGCCGGUCGAAGGCUGGUUUGUCCGCUUCGAGUCGGAACCGCCCCAACCCGUGCUGGCUGGCGACGAUACGCCGUGUCUUGUCGCGCUGAUGGAGCGGACGUAUCAUUUCCAGUACUUUUUGAAGCCGCACAAGCUCUACCUGAGCAACGAGGAAAUGAGCGGGACGGCUGCGCUCAUCACAGGCAUCAAGUCGGAGACCAAGGACUCCCCCAUUGACGUUUUUGUUUGGACAGAGACGUGCGCCCACCAAUUUACGCUGCCAAUGCGCAAGCGCAAGAAGAUGGACGAUUUGCGAGACUCCAUCAUUGAACGCAUGGGCCAGCUGUGUCCGCGCGACUGCACGCGUGGCAUCAAGCGCGCCGUGCGCAUCCGCGACGUGGCCUUGCCCGAAAAGCUCCACGAUCUCGAGAAGAAGCACUUUGACAUUCUUGCCCCGAAGCAGUACAAGUUUGGUGUUGUGUAUGUUCGCGAAGGCCAGACGAAAGAGCAGGAGAUGUUUUCCAACCGCGAGGUGUCGGACACGUUCACCAACUUUUUGGAGACGAUGGGCAACCUCGUGGAGCUGCGCGGCUUUUCUGGCUACACGGCCGGCCUGGACACAAAGAAGGGCAACACGGGCACGCAUUCGUACUACCGAAAGUGGCACAACCUUGAGAUCAUGUUCCAUGUGAGCACCCUGCUGCCCUACAACCCGCUCGAUGCCCAACAACUCCAUCGCAAGCGUCACAUUGGCAACGACGUUUGCGUCAUUGUCUUCCUCGACGGCCCCAACAUCCAGUACGUCCCCAACACAAUCCGCUCCAACUUUAAUCACGUUAUUGCUGUUGUCCGUGUUGAGAAGCGAACGCAACCGCCAGUGUACUCCCUCCCGAGCGGGAGCUUUGCAACAGACGGUGUUGCUCCCUACACGCCAGCGCCCUCUCCCCUGGGCCCCAGCACGCUUGGUCCGCUCUCACCCUCUCCCAGCGCGCCCAUGUCACCGCUGGCCGCCGCCAUGUCUGCCGGCAUGGCCACAUCCGGCUCGUUCAGUUCGCCCGCUUCGGGCUCGUUCUCCACGCCCAUGAAGGGCAAAACUGUUGCCCAAAUGCUGGCCGCUGGUGACAAGAAUGACUUUUUGCGGGGCGGAUUUGCGCGCGGCAGCUUCUCGGGCUCCAUGUCGCGGCUACAGGAUGACACAGAGCUCUCCAUUCAGUUUGUGUCCAAGCGCGGUGUCGACAAGUUCGGCCCGUUGCAGCCGAACGAGAAGCGAUGGCGUCUGACCGCCGACAUGGCCGAGUACUUGUUGUCCAACCUUGUCAAGGGCCAGCGUGCAGCCAUGCGCGCCAAGUCGUUCCAAGCUCCAAUUCGCAAGUUCCGCAAGGACGUUGUUGCAGACCUCGUCAAUGAAAGCAUUCAAGAGGCAACCAAGGAGAAGAAGAUUGAGAUGCGCAAGCGAAGCAACUCGGAGGCCGACUCUUUCACGCUGCGCAACCGCUUGUUGGGUGGAAGUCUCAAAGCGCUCAACUCGAUUGGUCGCAAGACGAUGACUUUUGUGCGAACGGGAUCCGUUUCCAAUCUGAACGUACCCGCUGCAGAUGGAUCCGCUGCUCCUGCUACUGCUACUGCUGCUGCCGGUCGCGAUCGACCACAUAGUAUUGCGGAAAGCUCGAGCCAUGCGAGCAGCGCUGCGUCUGCUUCAGCAUCAUCAUCAUCAUCAUCAUCAUCAUCCUCAUCUUCAGCUGCUGCUCCACCCGCAAGCUAUCGACAGUCCAUGCCGGCCAUUUCGUCGCCGCCAAUGACCCAGUCGGCUCCCGUGUCGCCUGCGGCAGCAUUGGCACAAAAGCACGCCCAGCAGCAGCAGCAGCAGCAGCAGCAACAACAACAACAGCAGCAACAGCAACAGCAACAGCAAGAAGAGCCAAAAUCCGCUGCUGUCGUUCAGACCGCUUCCGCUGCCGCGGCCUCUGAGCCUCCGUCCAGCCACCCGCUGGCUCAGCCAAAGUCGUACAGCAUGGCCUUGAAGUCGGGUCUCAGCUCAAGCUCGCAGCCGGAAAACGUCUCGAUGGCCGCCGCGUUGCUCGCCAAAACACAUCCACAUGUGGUCCAAGACAAUGUCGCGCGGUCGCCUCAGGGAACCCCAGCUCACAUCGAGUCUGCCGAGCUGGGCUCGCGUGCGCGCACCCCAUCGGCCUCUGGCCAUGGCGUGAACAUUGAUGAUGUUACCACAGCGGUUGGCGUUGUACUUCCCCAUCUCGAAUCCCCGGCCGAGCAUGUUCGGCGCUCGUCGGCGCCUUCUGCGCUGGCCAACGUUGAUCGGAACAAGGAGACGUCAGUCUAAUUCUCGUUUCGCUUGAUUUAUUUCAAACCCAGGCCGCGCUGCAUCGGUGAGGGUUCUAUUCAUUGUGUGAGGCCUGUUUGUAUGUAAUGUGUGGAUGUGUGUGUCUUGUGUGCGUGUAUGUGUGUGUAUGUGUGUUUGUAUGUGUUUGUGCGUGUGUUUGCAUUCUUGUUUGUUUGUUUGUGAGUGUGCGGUCGCACGAAAGCACUUUUCAACUCCUUUUUUUUUUUUUUUUUGUGUGUGUGUGUGUGUGUGUGUCAAACUUAAAGUAGUAAAGUCGGCUUAGGAUGA